AUGGAUUUACAGAACGAAAAUGAAAAUGAAGGUGAAGAAGUAGAAGACGAAAGUAACAUGGAAGGAAAUAUUAAUCAAGAUUUAAAUUUUGAAGAUGAUGAUGACAAUAGAAGUAUAAAUUAUGAUGCAGAUGUAGAGGCACAGGAUAAUGAAGAUGAAGAUGAUGAAGAUGAAAAUGAAGAAGAAGAAGAAGAAGAAGAAGAAGAAGAAGAAGAAGAAGAAGAUGCUUAUAAUGAUAAUAAUGAGGAAGAAGUGGUAGACGAAGAAGAGUUAGAAGCAGAAGAAGAAGAAGAAGUAGAAGAAGAAGAGGUUGAAAAUGAAGAACAAGAAAGAGGAGAAGAUAUUGAAAUUGAAGAUGAUCAAUUAAGAGAAAGACCAGAAAUUCCUGAUGUAGAAAAUAUGAGGGUAGAAGAAGAACAACAGCAAGACAGAGAACAACAGCAAGAAGUAGCAGAACAACAAGAACAGGGGCAAGAAAACAAUGAAGAUAUUGACGUGGGGACAGAUGAGGAAGUAGAAAGAAAUGAUCGUCCGGAAAGAACUUUAUUUCAAGGACUUAGAAUUGUCGGAAUGAGAGCACCUUUAAGACACAGUGAAAACUUAAGAGCAAUCGAUCAUUGCCUUGUUGCUUUAGCUCAAUCUUUAAAAAAUCACACUACAUAUCAGGCCCUAUUAGAUCAUUUAAAAUGGAUUAAAAAUUCGUUUCAAUUCAUUAAUAUUCCAACAAACAAAAAAUCGCUAUGGAAAAUGUUAGGAAGAAAUAAAUCACAUCUGAUAUACCGUUUAUAUUGUGCAGCUUGCCACGACAAAAUCGGUAAUAGCAAAAGAGUUAUUAAAAAUUGCACUUGCGGUAAAUGUGGCCCUACAAUGGAUAGAACAAAUGUAGCAACAUUUAUUCAAGUUAAAUUGUAUCCGCAGUUACGUGAUAUUCUGAGAACUCCCAAUAUAGCAGAUAAACUGCAAUACAAACAAAGCAGAAUAAAAAGAGAUAUACAUGCAAUAGAAGAUGUUUUUGAUAGUUCGGGAUAUGUAAAUUUAAGCAGACGAGGAAAAUUUUUGCACAAUAAUUUUAAUUUAACCUUAACAUUAUGGACAGACGGAAUGAAAUUGACAAAAUCUUCUCGAGCAACUACAUAUCCAAUUGUAUUUCAGAUAAACGAGUUGUCACCUCAUGCUCGCAAAAACCAUCUACUCUUAGCUGGAAUAUGGAUUGCUAAUGAGGAGCCUUUGAUACAAAAUAUUUUCCGGCCUACUAUCCUAGAACUUGCUGAUUUAUACAACGAAGGAAUCCGUUGGACACCCAAUGGUCAAAAUGAAGUGACAAGCAAGGUGAUUGUUACCGUCUUUACUGCUGAUUCUGUCGCAAGACCAAAAGUUUUGCGUAUGAAGCAGUAUAACGGUAAAUUUGGGUGCUCAUUCUGCUACGCUCCAGGUGAAAGAAUAGAGAGAAAAAGGGUAUAUCCUGCUAGACACCAUGCCUUAAGAACUCAUGCAGAAAUAAUUACGCAUUCUCGGGAAGCAAUAACGUCAGGAAAUCCAGUUAAGGGGGUCAAAGGAUUUUCAAGCCUUGCAUAUCUCCCUCUAUUCGACCUUGCAAGAAAUGUACCAGUUGAUAGCUGCCAUGCGGUAUUUCUUGGAGUAGCAAAAGAAAUGCAGAGUAAUUUCAUGGAAGAUACAGGUAGAGAGUAUUACAUUGGAUCACCUACAGAUUUAAGUACUAUCAAUUCACGGCUUUUAAAAAUUAAGCCCCCUACGCGAAUCUCACGUCAACCUCGUGAAAUCAAAACUUAUAAAAUUUGGAAGGCUUCAGAGUGGAGAAAUUGGCUAUUAUAUUAUGCUCUUCCUUGUCUUGAUGGACUUUUAGGGAGACGCUACUUUCAACACUUGACAAAAUUGUGCAAAGCUAUGUUUAUUUUGCAUAGCUCAUCAAUUCUUCCAGCGGAACUUGAUCUGGCAAAACGUUUAUUAAAUCAAUUCGUGAGGGAGUAUCAAAAUUUAUAUGCCAUAGAAAACAUGAAAUUCAACAUCCAUUUGUUACUCCACUGCGUUGAUUCUGUUAAAAGAUGGGGGCCAUUGUGGGUCUAUUCUGCUUUUCCUUUCGAAGCCUUUAAUAGAAAAAUUUUAGAUUCUGUUACAAGUCCUUAUGAACGAGGUGAUCAAAUAAUAACCCGAUUUUUUUUGAAAAAUUUUUUAAUAAACGCUAUUAAUGAUGUGCCUAUCGCAAAUGAAACUAGACAAGAAAUUGAACGCCUCCUAGGGAUUCACGUCCAUCAAAUACCAGAAGAAAUGGUAGAAGGUCGUUAUUUUGUCGGUGUUGGAAAGGCAACUGUUAGAAGACCCACAGAGGAAGAAAUUCGCGUAAUGCAAGCUGCAGGUAAAAUAAUCGAUCCCGCAACUAAUAUGCAUACGUAUAAAAAAUGUAUAAUAAACGGAACUAAUUAUGAAAUUUAUAGUAGGUCUGCCGCUAAGAAAAAAAGUUGCGAUUACGUGGUAUAUGGUAGACACGGAUUUCUACUAAUAGACACUAUAUUGUCAUACACCCGCAAUAAUAUAGUAUCAUCAGGCGUUUUAGGUAAAAAAAUAAACAACUUGAGAGAGGCAUUUAAUUCUCGUCACAUAAGACAUGUACGUAUGACAGAAUCGAGAGCAUUUUUCCCAUUUGAAAACAUUUUUAUGCCAGCAAUAAUAAUAAAAUCAGGAAACAAUCUCUUUUCAACACCGCUAUGCAACAUUUGGGAAACGGAUUAGCGUAGCUUCGGAAAAUACAAAUAUUAAAAUAGUACUAAUAGCAGUUCGUAAAUAAUAAAAUUUUUUGGAUCUUUUCAAAGUAUAAACAUUAUUUUUGCACAGU